UUGCCUCGGAGUCUAUGAACGCAGCACAGUAAACGAGACGUCUGUAUGCUUCGCACGGCGUCUCUCUGCGGCCAUGGUAACACUUGCCUCGACACUGGACAUCUGAUUCAAAGACACAUCACAAACAAGUGUUUUCAUGCGGCUGUUAUUCAGCAUGAAUUUGGCAGAAAUAUGUGACAACGCCAAGAAGGGCCGUGAGUAUGCUUUGCUGGGAAACUAUGACUCCUCCAUUGUGUACUACCAGGGCGUCAUCCAGCAGAUCGAUAAGCACUGUCAGUCCCUCAGAGACCCUGCACUUAAAGUCAGAUGGCAGCAGGUCAGGCUGGAACUGUCUGAGGAGUAUGAGCAGGUGAAAGGCAUCAUGGGAACACUCGAGAGCUUUAGGUCAGAGAAGCCAGUUGAUAUCCUGGCACCUCAAAUUGAGGAGAGAUCUGAGGAUCCAGCAGUUUGGCCCCCUCCCAUCCCUGCUGAACACAGGAAUCCUGUUGCAGGGAAGCGCCCCAACAGUGCUGUGAAGCAGCUGAGGAAGGACUCCCCUGGUCUGCAGCAUCGAGGGGCAGGGCCAGGAGGCCGCGGUCAGGCCAACCCUAAACCAGAGCGAGCAGGAUUCAGAGAUGCCCGAGGAACAAAGCCCAAAGACGAUAAGGGAAAGAAAGGGGCUGGAGGGGAUGUUGAGCAGAAGAAGUUCGAUGGCACAGGAUAUGACAGCGACUUGGUAGAGUCACUGGAAAGAGAUAUUGUGUCCCGAAACCCUAACGUCCACUGGGAUGACAUUGCUGAUCUGGAGGAUGCCAAGAAGCUGCUGCGAGAAGCAGUGGUUCUGCCUAUGUGGAUGCCUGACUUCUUUAAGGGCAUUCGUCGCCCCUGGAAGGGCGUGUUAAUGGUUGGACCUCCUGGGACAGGGAAGACUAUGUUAGCCAAAGCCGUGGCCACAGAAUGUGGGACUACUUUCUUCAAUGUGUCCUCCUCCACCCUCACAUCCAAAUACAGGGGCGAGUCGGAAAAACUUGUUCGUCUGCUGUUUGAAAUGGCCCGGUUUUAUGCGCCAACAACCAUUUUCAUUGACGAGAUUGACUCCAUCUGUGGCAGAAGGGGAACGUCUGAUGAACAUGAAGCCAGUCGCAGGGUCAAAUCAGAACUGCUGGUUCAGAUGGAUGGUGUCGGGGGAGCUAUGGAGAAUGAUGACCCCUCAAAGAUGGUGAUGGUCCUCGCUGCCACCAACUUCCCGUGGGACAUCGACGAGGCAUUGAGAAGACGGCUGGAGAAGCGGAUCUACAUCCCCCUGCCCACAGCUGUUGGUCGUGUAGAGCUUCUGAAAAUCAACCUGAGAGAGGUGGAGGUGGCAGCUGACGUGGACCUGGACCUCAUUGCUGAGAAGAUUGAGGGUUACUCUGGAGCGGACAUCACCAAUGUCUGCAGAGAUGCGUCCAUGAUGGCGAUGCGCCGGCGAAUCCAGGGCCUAAGCCCCGAGGAGAUCCGAGCUCUGUCCAAAGACGAGCUGCAGAUGCCUGUGACCAUGGAGGACUUCACCCUCACACUCAAGAAGAUCUCCAAGUCCGUGUCUGCUGCCGACCUGGAAAAAUACGAAGCCUGGAUGGCUGAGUUUGGAUCAGUAUAGAGAACGGUACGGUUUUAGACCCAGAGGGACCAGAACCUUGAAAGGAGUCGUCCUUUCAAGCUUUGAAAGUGAUGAAAGCCUUGAAGAAAAGGGCGUGUGUGUGUCACAAAGCUGAGUGACCUCUAGUAUGUGAACCAGGCAGCACAUCAGGGAUCAAGAUUACGCAGGGGCUUAAGUUCACUUCAGAAGACGGGUGUCUUUUUGAGAGAACGUGAUGAGAACUUUAAGUAGCUUCACUCCUGCCCUUUCACAUAUUUUCCUGUUGUUAUUGUUUCGGCACAAUUAUCCACGUAAAGACUAUCAAUCGUCCAGCUGCCGACUGACUUGAGAGACCUGUGGAUGCAUGGGGGAAUGUUCUCUCAUAAAGGGAACUCUUAAUGUCAAGAGUAAUAUAAACAGGUAGACCAUGGAAUGUGCUCUAGUUUUAUUUACAUAUUAUGCCUCUUGCAAGAACAUUUUCAUAUUUUUAUCUUGGUUCAGUCUCACAAAUGCCAGGUGUUUACAAGUAGGUGAGUGUUUAUGAGAUGUGAUCUUUCAACAUUCCUAAUAUCACUAUUAAGAGUCCCUGUUUUGCUACGUAUGUGACGGGUCCAAAAAAUAGUUGCAAAAAGGAAGACGUUUACACCACCAAGCUUCACAUCCGGCAGUCAGAGCUCAGCAGCUGAAAACAUAACAAGCUUUACAACAAAUUAGAAAAAAACACAUCAUAAUACAACUGCCAGCAAUGUGUCAUCAGAGCAGCGUUGUAUCGUAAAUAAAGAGGGGUUUAGACACCUUAGAGUGCAACAGAGCAUGUUGCACCUGACAGAGCGACCUGUGAAAAAACCCUAAGGCAGCUGCUGGUGUGAGAGAAUUAUCCAACAGAUUCUCAGUUGAUUAGGUCAACAUGUCACAAUAUGCCCAUAGAACAUACAAAAACUUGUGUCAAACCACUCAGUAAAUUGAGAGGUCAUUAUGAUGGCUGACUUUUAGCACAAUAUUCAUUCUGUGUAGUUUGUUUUAGUUAUCUCUUUCAGUUGCUUUCCUCAACAUAGUUCAGGAGCAAAUUCAUUCAGAUUGAGGAGUAAGUAUUCAGACUUCGUAUGCAGGUUUAUAUGUCGGGUUACGUCCACUUGUCCAUGACAUUGUAGAAAUUACUAUAAGAAAAUUUUUAGGUACAAGAAAAUAAUUUUCUGUAGUUGAGUGGUAAGUUCCGUUUAAGAACAAAUCUGUUAGGGCUUGUGGUUCUUGCGAGAGACCCAUUGUCUUAAAGAACUGUAUGUUCGGGCACUUUUAAUGUAUUUUCCUUCAGAAGUUCAUUAAUGUACUACUGAUCGAACACACUUGAAGAACCACAAUGUCUGUGUUAUGUAGUGAGUGGUUAAGUGUUUGUAUUUGUUGUUGGUGUCAAUAGUUUUUUUCAGUGCGUGUUAAGUAGAUUGUAGACACUAGGUCCACCUGGAACUCAUCAGACUUGAGUAUUUAGAUCAUUGACUGAGUCUUUACUUGGAGAAAGAAGGUGAGUUCAGGAAUCAGACAAAUACAUUGUGAUCAAGUGAUAACUGAUGGAUGUUUGGAUAUUUUUUUGGGGGGGGGGUUUUGUAUUUCUCCCCUGUUGGAGAUGCAUUUAAUUUGGCCUGUCAAGUGUCAGGCCGUCCUGUGUGCCACAAGUUUCCAGUAAUACAGUACUUGGUAAUAAUUUGAAAAGUGCUGCAUUGAAAGCUAUCGCAUUAAUCACAUUUCACAUUAAAUCUCAGCAGAAUGCGUCCAUCAUGCUGAGGCUAUUGAAAUAUUUAGUAUGAAAGUUAAUUCUUGGAAUUAGUGGUCAACCAAAAAACUUUACACUCACAGUCCACUUGAGAUUUUUUUCUUGAGCUUUCAGUGGUGUGACUCAUCUUCAUUUUCUCACUUUUCUUGCUUGUCGUGAAGGUCUGCUGACAUUUAAGUUAAGAAUAAACUCAGUAUACUUUAACCCAGCAUAAGCAAUAAGUCUUAAAAGAGCAAAGGAUGACAUCAUAACUGAGCUUUAGGAGAGGAAAUCCUGCAGUGGUAUUGUUAUCCACCAGCUAUUUAACUUUUAUUAUAAAAUUGUUAAUAUUACAAAUAUUAAUUUAACAUUGUCUUUCUAGUGUAAUACAUUUCUUUUGCUUUCAUUCUUCUCCAGUUGCUGAAUAGGCUGCUUAAUAUUUUUGUUGAAGUUCCACUAGUCCAGAAUAGCUGUAAUAAGUCAGUGGUCCACACACCUCUACAUUCAGUUUACCUGGGCUUUGUAGACUGUAAUACAAACAGUUCAGUUUAUCUGCUUCAUGCAGCCUUUAUGAUAUGUUUUAUCAUCGUGUUGGCAAAUUCCACUUUGCUGCAAUAAAAAUGACUGAAGUGAGAUGAGCAGACUGAAAACAUUAUCUUAUUAGGUCAAACAGGUGUUGAUAAAGAUUUCACUUUGGGACAUAAACACUAGACAACUUCCCCGUGUGGCAUCAAUAAAGCUGAUGCAAAGAUGGAAAUGAA